CAGCCUGUUGUGUAUCACUGUCCCUCUGAGUACACAUAAUACAGGAUCAUGAAUUGCGUGGCAGAGGUCACCUGGCGGUAAUGUUUGUGUGGAUCAGAGAAAGGAAAACCCUGAUUGGUCCAGAGCAGUGAGCAAGAAGUGUUGGCCUCUGUCCUUCUUCCAGCUUGGCACCAUGGGAUCAUCCACACUGGGAAAGGCAGCGUCUCUUGAUGCUAUCUUAAAUGAAUGCAUUCAUGCAUUUGAUGACAAUGGGGAACUGCAGGCCAACCUACUUCCUCGCAGCCUGCUGCUGAUGCAUCGCUGGUACGUUACAUCAUCAGAACUGGCAGGAAAACUACUAAUAAUGUACCGCCACUGCAAUGGUGACAACUGCCAGAGAACCAGGCUGAAGAUCUGUUAUUUAAUGAGGUACUGGAUAGUGACGUUCCCUGCGGAGUUCAAUCUGGACUUGGGUCUGAUCAGGAUAACAGAGGAGUUCAGAGACGUGGCUGCUCAGCUGGGCUGUGAGGAGCAUUUCAAACUCAUUGACAUCUCCACCAUUCCUUCAUACGACUGGAUGCGUAAACUGACCCAGCGGAAGAAACAGGCAAAGAAAGGCAAGGCUUCACUGCUGUUUGACCACCUGGAGCCCAUGGAGCUGGCCGAACAUCUCACCUUCCUGGAGUUCAAGUCCAUCAGGAGGAUAUCGUUCACUGAUUACCACAGCUAUGUGAUCCACGGCUGCCUGGUGGAAAACCCCACUCUGGAGCGCUCCAUUGCUUUGUUCAAUGGAGUCUCGCAGUGGGUCCAGCUCAUGGUGCUCAGCAAGCUAACACCCCAGACCAGAGCAGAGGUCAUCACCAAAUACAUCCAUGUGGCCCAGAAACUGCUGCAGUUGCAGAACUUCAACACUCUAAUGGCGGUGGUGGGGGGGCUGAGCCACAGCUCCAUUUCUCGACUGAAGGAGACUCACUCUUAUCUGACUGCAGAGGUCGUGAGGAUCUGGAGUGAGAUGACAGAGCUGGUCUCUUCCAACAACAAUUACUCCUGUUACCGCAAGGCCUUCAAUGAGUGCCAGGGUUUUAAAAUCCCCAUCCUGGGUGUGCACCUCAAGGACCUCAUUGCAGUGCACGUGGUCUUUCCUGACUUUGUUGAUGACAGUAAUAAGGUGAACCUGGUGAAGAUGCAGCAGCUCUACAUGACCUUCAAUGAGCUGGUAUCGUUGCAGAGUGCAGUGGCCCAAGUGGAGCCCAACAUGGACCUCAUCUACCUGCUAACGCUUUCUUUAGACCUUUAUUACACAGAAGAUGAAAUUUAUGAGUUGUCAUUGCUAAGGGAACCACGCAACCCCAAAUCACUGCCUACCUCUCCAACAACUCCCAACAAGUCCAUGGCUCCACUGGACUGGGCCUCUGGUGUCACCACCAAACCAGACCCAUCUGUGGUCAAUAAACACAUUAGGAAAGUGGUGGAUUCUGUGUUCAGGAAUUAUGACCACGACCACGAUGGUUACAUUUCUCAAGAAGACUUUGAGAGCAUCGCUGCUAACUUUCCCUUCCUGGACUCCUUCUGCGUUUUGGACAAAGAUCAAGAUGGGUUGAUCAGCAAGGAUGAAAUGAUAGCAUAUUUCCUUCGAGCUAACCCACUGCUCCAGUGUAAGAUGGGACCAGGAUUCAUCCAUAACUUCCAGGAGAUGACGUACCUGAAGCCCACCUUCUGCGAACAUUGUGCAGGAUUUCUCUGGGGAAUCAUCAAACAGGGCUACAAGUGCAAAGACUGCGGCGUUAACUGUCAUAAACAAUGUCGGGAGCUGCUGGUUCUGGCGUGUAGGAAGCUGCUGCGCUCCAGCUCUUUGGGCAGUGUUUCUCCUGCCAGACUGACCCACAGCUCACUACCCAGCAGCCCUGCACUGCCCGUCUGUAAAGAUGAGGAUGAGGUGUUUGAGUUUCCAGCUGUCACACCAGCAGGUCCGGCUCUGGACACUCAGUCCAUCACCCUGAUGACCGGUUCGGCCCAGAGGAUCUCCGUGCGCCUGCAGAGGGCCACCACCAGCCAGGCCACCCAGACUGAGCCACUGUGGCCCGAACACAGCUGGGGAGCCACGGACAGCGGCUCCCACACUUUCCCCAAAAUGAAAUACCGGCCUCACAGGAAGACCUCUAAAAAUAAAGGUUUCGCACGCUGGGAAAACCAGAACGACGGCCAGCGUCAAGCACUUUCCUCACAGUGCAGCACAGACUCUCAGGAGAAGACAGGAGAGCGCGUACAAAACGGCAUCACACACAGAGGAAAGGACAGCUGACUUGGUCACGGUGGUGAGGGCCAGUCCCGGGGAUCCAGAAAGCCCCUGACGGCUGCGACCAGGAAGCUCUUCUCUUUGGGGGAGGUACUGGGCUGUUUGAGGUCCCCCCUCAGUGACCUGGAGUUAUCGUGUCCUCUCUAGACUUCAUAACACACAGAGCUGCACGCGGAUGCCCGGUAGCUGCAGGGAAGGACGUAAGGCGUGAUCUCUGAAGAGAAUUUCAGAGAUCGCGGAGACGAGCUUAGUGGAUGAUGAAUGAACACCCACUGUGGAUCACAUGGAACCUAACCUCCAUCCUGGAAA